AUGUGUGGCACGGGCGGUGACUGGCUGGAGCUGCGUCGCCAACUGUUGGAUUCAGAUCUCGGCGGCGAGUCGAGCAGCAGCGGCCCGUCAGAAGUCUUGUCAGGUUGGUCACUGUUCGGAUCUCCGACCGACGAUGACGUGGACGGCCCGCCCGAGGGCGCCGACGCCGCCGCCAUAGCUGCUGAUGACAUGAUCGUCGAAGCCCCGCCCGUGGAUGCCAUAGUCGAGGUCCCACCCGCUCAAAGCGGGCGCGGCCGUCCACGUCGGAGAACCGUGAACGCUGUGCUCGCAGAUGUGAUGACACACCACGGCGGCAUCUUGGCGCCGCCAGGGUCUGGGGCGCAGCAGCUCGAGAGCCAGGUCGACCCCGUCGACGGCGGACCCGAGGACAGCAUCGGCGGCGCAGCUCCAGCCAAUAUUAACCCUUUCGUGGUUUCAGAUGCAGAGUCGUUCAGACGCCUGGUGUUAGAGGUGGGCGAUGCAAUCGCCAACAACAUAAGUUUAGACGGGUUGUUGGACCAGACGCACAUGGAGAUCGGCCUGGUCUUCACAGAGGCCGUUCGCUCAGAUGAGACCCAGUUGCCUGCGAGGGGCGCCACGGGGUCGAACGACGAAGGCAAUAUAUACAACGACUUGCCCGACGAUGCUGACGAGAGGGCGAAACUGGUCAACACCGAAUGGAACUAUGGCAUGUUGUUUGUGAAGCGGGGCAGCGGCGGCCAACCUUCCUCAUACGUCAGCUUCUCAUUCAGUCUCUGCACCCCUGUUCAAGUGGUUUCGAAUACAACUGGAGAAUGUUAUUACGCCGUGCUGCACCAGACCCGCCUGGCCGACGCAGACCGCAUCGCUCAGAAGUUCGCCCGCCACCAGAGGAAUACGACCACAGACGGAGACAGGGCGUUCAUCAGAGCUGAGCGUCACCGCUCAUGUGUCUACCCCGACAUGCACUUGCUACAUAAGCUGUGUUGCGUCCAUAGAGCGUCAAAUUGCAAGAAGGAGCCAUUCAAGAAAAAAGUGCCCAGAGAAAUUGAGUUCUACACCAAUCUCGCCCUUGUGAUGCGCAGGGCCUACAACAGCAACACUUUUCGGAGAGAGGUUAAGAAACUUAUACUUGCGCCUGGUCGGUUCACUUACCUGGCGGAGGGGGCCUGCUUGCCAGUGCAUGUGAAACGUCUCGAGCACCUCCUCGACCUUGCGGUGCCGCCCCGCACCCGCAAGAACGUGUGGAGGCGGAGCGUCAUAUGGGCUACGAUCAACGGCGGCAUCGACGGCUCCAGGCUCAUUCACUGGAAUGGGUGCGAAGAGAUAGUGGAGUAUUUCAUUCUUUUGCAGGGCUUGGGAAUAUUUGCCGACGCAUGGAGCAAGUGGAUUGCCGUGUAUUAUCCCAGCGAGAAGAAGGGCGCACAUCCGAGAGUUGACCUAGACGGCAAGGGCGCGCUCCAAGCGGUCCUGGACUCGAACCCAGCAGGCAUGAGCGUGCCGCAUCUCACCGUCGCAGCGCAGGAAGAGUUGAAAAAGCUCGAACAGAAGAGCCAUAGGGGUACCGUCACGAAGCACUUAGCUACUAUUGGCCCAGAUGAAGUCCUAUCCACUGCCGUCGUCGUGCUGAGAACAACGAACUUGCACCGCGAUUUCAUCGGUGGGCUGAUCUACUCUUGUGGUGACCAUAAGAAGUUGAAACAGAAAGCGUCAGCAUCCCAGGCGUUGAAGGGCAACCAUGGCCGCACCUUCAUGUAUCAAGUUCUGGAGGCUUACGAUGUGGAGUUGGAGACUCGUCUGGUUGACAACGCUUUCUUUCUGAUGUCAGACUCCGCUCAUUGGGAGAGCAUCCCGCUGCGAUGCAGGACUCUGAGGUUGCAGUGCACUGCGUUCCGCUUGCUAUCUCAGGCCGUCUGCACGACAUCACUUAUCAAGUUGGAGAAAACAUGGUAUCCAAAUAAAACGUUUGCUGGUAUCCGCAGCGACGAUGCCAUGCAGGCGGCUCUCGACGAGAAGGAUUGCUUGCUCGACCCCUGGUCGCUGCAGUUCUGCAGGCACCACAGGCACGGGGUCAUCGCAGACGCGCGGCAUGACUUGAUGCACGUGGCUAGCUUGCUCCAUGAGGACACAGUGAAGCAGGAGUGGAGCCAAGGCGUCUUGCGACGCAUCAUCGCCUCACGAUCGGUCAACACGUGGGUUGCCAGCCUUUCCCGCAUCAACGUCGAAUGGAUCGGCCAAGGGUUCCGCAGGCUGGCGAGAGCCUUUCGGCAGCUUCGGACACCCAGCUCAAGCAGCCCUGCGGCCGACCAGCCAUGCCAGCAACAAGCCCGCGCUGCUGGCGCCCCGAGCGCCCCGCGGAGGCGGAAGCUGCGGGCUGCCGGCGUCUUCUUCAGUCGUGAGUGCGGGCAGGAAGGCAACGCACAGCCCAGCUUCUCGGGGAUGUGGGCGAAGUUCCGCAGGCUGGGCGACGGCGACAUCGACGAGCUCCAGCGGCAGGCGGAUGAGGCCAACGCUGAGGUCAACGAGGGGAGGAGGCCUUUUCCGAUGGGUCGGCGCGAGAUGCAGCGGGCCAGGGCCCGCGCCGACGCAGAGGCAGUUGCCGCGAUGCACGUCCGCGCUCAGCUCGCCGAUGACAGAGUUGGUCAGCCUGCUCCCCUGCACCGCGCCCUGGAGGCCCAUGGGCGCACCCUCGCUGCCGUUGCUGCGGCUGCCCCGUCGGGUGCGUUGGCCGCCAGGCCGAGCGCAGACGCCCUUGCAGUCAUCAAGCGUGCUCUGCGGACCUCUUCGGACUCGGAGCGGCGUGAGGAGAAGGUUGCCGAGCAGCAGGUGGUCGAUUUCGCCGAGAGGGGCGGCCGCGCGGGCGCUCGGGAGCUGGCCCUGGCAGCGGGCCGCGUGGUGCCGCAUGCCGCUGACGCCAGCUUAUUCGUUGCCGACCCGAGGAACGCCCAGUCCGAGGAAGGCGCCCAGAAUUUCUUGCACGCCGAGUGGGCCGACGACUCCGUCUACCAGCGGGCGCAGCGACUCGCUGCGCUGACGGGGCAGACCCGCCCAGUGCGCGCGUUGCGAGGUCUCUUGCAUCGCUUCUGGCAUGGGCUGUCCCGCACAAUAUUGCACAAGGACUGCGAGGUGUUCGACGAGCCACCUGUCCACAGGAGGUGCUGGGAGGCUCGCCGUUGCAUAUGCUGCCCUGAGUCGGCGUCGCUGGUAAAGUUGAGGGCUAACCUCGAGAAGACCACGCGGCGCUUAUACCGCCCUCGAGCUCUUCGGUCCAACGUUGAUUCAGGGUUCAUCGUGUGCUGUUUCAUCGGCUUGGCUGUUCGGCAAGAUGGGGAUGGCGGCCCCGCUGCCGAGUGCGACGAUGGUGCCCUCUACGCGUUCAUGCACGUCGGCUUUCACAGCUGGAGCCCGUUCGAGCCCUUCUACGUCCCCAUGCGGACGCCAGGGUACGUCGUCGACUUGGACGGCGACCAGAAGCUCAGAGAACGCUUGGUGGAGUUGGAGGCGUUGCCUAGGAGUCUUGAUGCGUGGGCUGCUUGCGAGAUCUUCGACUUGUCGAAGCGUUGGCUGCUGGCGCACUUCGGGCUGAUCGAGAACGACACCGUCGUGGGCGCC